CUCCGCAGUGCCGCGUUAGACGCCGACGAAAACGGUGUGUCCAUCGAGCUCACGCGGCCCAACACCACCAACUUUUGCAGUUAUGGUGGUGGCGCGGGGCUGAACACGAUCAGCACCAACGACGAAGCUCACCUUUGAUUUCGGCCGCCGCGAAAAAAUGCUCAGCCAAUUUUCUUCUCUGUUUGGCACGUUGUUGUUUGAGGAACCUUGCCGGAAAAGUUCCAAGACCUCAUGGCUGCCCGAAACCGACUGAAUGCCUGCGUGGACGGCGAGGGCGGCGGACUUUAUCGCCCCCUAUCCAAGUCAACUGGCGAACUGAGUUCUCCCACCAGGACUGAGAGCAAAGAGCCCAUGGAACAGCCACCGAGACCCAUGACCUCCACCGGCGCGGGGUCAAGCGUGCCUCAACUUGCCGAACGUCUUUCUAUGGCCCAGCGGACGCACAGCAUCCUUACCGCCCUAAAGACCCGUUUCUCUCGGAGCCGGAGUAAAGAGAGACGUCCGAUGAGGGGCAUUGAAGGCCGCAGAGACAGCACGGACUACGCUGCAGACAACUCUUCAGACCACAGCAGCUCGGCGACUCCGCAAACCCAGUCGCCCAGGCACCGCCUGUUCACCCUCCAGCACGACUCGUCACGCGGCAGUGAUCCAGCCUUAGCUCGUGAAAACCUCACGUCAAGUCCGAAAGGAUCGCCAAUACAACAGCGGGCUCGUUCCGCAGUCCGGCUAAUCGACACCAAAAAGGAGGCCUCUCUCGAGACGGCCGUUCCGACCGCAGGCUCAUCCAACACCACGUCAUCCUUAGCAGCGCCAGUUGUCGCAGUCGUUGAUGAAGAUCAGAGGCGGCGAGAAGCAUGCUUGAGACAACAUUCCUUCUUCCAGUUACGGGUGCAUCUCAAGAGAGGCAAAGAUCUCGUGGCCAAAGAUACGGGAGGCACCAGUGAUCCCUACGUUAAGUUUAAGAUAGGAGGUCGGAUGCUGUAUAAAUCAAAAACAAUUUACCGCAAUCUCAACCCGGUGUGGGAUGAGGUGUUCACUUUACCAAUAGAAGAUCCUUUUGUACCAGUGCAUAUCAAGGUUUUUGAUUACGAUUGGGGCCUGCAAGAUGAUUUCAUGGGUUCUGCUUUCCUGGACCUCACCAAGUUGGAGCUGAAUACGCAGACUGAAUUAAAUUUAACUUUGACGGAGCCAACAACGAGCAGCAGGGGUUCGCAGCAGUCGUCUGGAAGCGGUGCUUACCUAGGAGAAAUCCAGCUCACUGUAGGGUUGACACCAAAAUCUCAAGAAGACAAGGAUCAGUAUUUCCAACGUAGUACAAAACUAGCUGAUGUUAAUAGAAGAUUGAAGAGUCAAAUAUGGAGUUCCGUUGUAACUGUAGUCCUGAUAGAAGGGAAGAAUUUGCUGCCAAUGGACAUAGACGGCCUUAGCGACCCUUACGUCAAAUUCAGAUUAGGAAGCGAAAAAUACAAGAGCAAAGUCAUUUACAAAAGUCUGUCGCCGACCUGGCUAGAGCAAUUCGAUCUGCACCUCUACGACGAUCAGAGCCAAGAAUUAGAGAUAACGGUUUGGGACAAAGACCAGAGAUCAAAAGACGACUUCAUGGGCAGAGGGUUUGGCAGGUGCACCAUCGACCUGUCCAAGUUCGAGCGAGAGAAAACGCAUCGCUUCUGGCAGGAACUAGAGGACGGCGCCGGUUCCAUCCACUUGCUGUUGACCAUCAGCGGCACCACCGCUUCUGAAACCAUCUCCGACUUAUCAUCCUACGAAGAGAACCAGAGAGAAAAGAUCAACAUUGAAGCGCGAUAUACCUUGUCAAGGACGUUCCACAAUCUUAAAGACGUCGGACACCUAACCGUGAAAGUGUUCAGGGCGCAGGGCCUAGCAGCGGCCGAUCUCGGAGGCAAGAGCGACCCUUUCUGCGUGCUGGAGCUGGUCAACGCUCGUCUUCAGACGCAAACCGAGUACAAAACUCUCUCGCCGUGUUGGCAGAAGAUUUUCACAUUCAAUGUGAAAGACAUUAAUUCGGUUUUGGAAGUGACCGUGUACGAUGAGGACCGAGACCACAAGGUCGAGUUCCUGGGGAAGGUGGCGAUACCUUUGCUCAGGGUUCAGAACGGGGAGAAGAAAUGGUAUGCGUUGAAAGACAAGAAACUGCACCUCCGUGCCAAAGGCAACUGCCCUCAAAUUCUGCUCGAACUCACUGUUAUCUGGAAUCCUCUCCGCGGUGUGAUACGGACGCUGAAUCCAAAAGAGGAGAAAUACAUGCAGCCCGAAGUCAAGUUCAAGAGGCAGGUCUUCUUGCGAAAUGUGAUGCGCUUGAAGGCAAUAAUUGUCUGGUUCAUCGAUCUCAGCAAAUACAUCUCGGGAUGCUUUGAGUGGGAAUCGAUUCCUCGGAGUUUGCUGUCCCUAUUCCUCUUCAUAGCGAUCUGCUACUACUUUGAGCCCUACAUGGUGCCAAUCGCGAUGCUGCUAGUCUUCCUCAAGAACUACAUUGUUGCUUCAUUGACGGGUGGCUGCGUGCCCCGUGAUGAAGAGGAGGAGCCCCUUGGAGAUGAUGACGACGAUGAAGAGGAUAAAGAUAAGGAGGAGAAGAAAAGUCUGAAAGAACGGCUGCAGGCGAUUCAGGAGGUGACGCAGUCUGUUCAGAACGCCAUAGGCUACAUUGCUUCCUUAGGAGAGAGUAUAAAAAACACGUUCAACUUUACUGUGCCAUAUUUGUCGUGGCUGGCGAUUAUCAUGAUCAGCACGGCCGUGCUGGUUUUGUAUUUGGUGCCCCUGCGCUAUCUCAUCAUGGGCUGGGGUGUCAAUAAAUUCGCACGCAAACUCGUCAGACCGCAUACCAUCCCCAACAAUGAGGUUCUUGACUUUCUCUCCAGGGUGCCAGAUGACGAAUCUCUUAUUUUGUUUCAAGAAUUAGGUGUUUGUGGCGAGAAACCAAAGCAUAAGUAUUUUGUUCAACUUUUAUUUUUCGCUUUAGGCGGUGCGGUACUUUCUGGCUUUUCUUCAAACCCAUAUGCUGUUUUUCUUCCUAUUUUUUUUAUUUUUUAUUUUAAAUUUUGCUUCCAAGCCUGCAUCCAUUGAGUGAGGGAAAAUAAAGUUGUACUCAUCAGUGCACUUAUUUCAGUUGGCUUGCCGGGAACUCAAGCCGUAUUCGAUCAAUGAUCCGACAGAACGGAGACGCGACCCGCGCAAGAAGCACAAGGCGUCCUAAGGCGCUGGAAAAAUGCUCUUGACGUUGGAAAUACCGCAGGCCUCUUGCUUAUAUCUGCUGCUGAACACAAACAAUUGCGAAUAUAAUUGUGAUUCAAGAGAAAACCACCAAAGACAAAGAAGUAUUUUUAAUUAAAUCUCUCUUCGUUUCCAUAUGUGAUUUUUAUAAAUAGGGCUGGACAACGUUUAUUCCCGUGAAAUAUAUUAAAAUGUAAUGACAAAAAUUUCGCUGAAUUUGCAGAUGCUUCUUGGUACAAAAAGUCGAUCAAAAACCCUCAUGCGAAAAUUCAAUUCAUUCAUUAGAGAACAAUAUAUCGAACCAAAUCAUUCCAUUAUGUCUCUCGUAUAAUAAUUGUGCUUGGACAUUUGCGGUGAUCAAUCCUACAUAAUAUAGCUGCGGACUUUUUCUUACUAAAAUUUACUGUGAAAAUCAAAUAUCCUCUCUUGAAAUGACUUGUAUAAAAUUCCAUGUGUGUUCCUGAUCUAUAGCCAUUAAUCCUCCAGAGAGACAACUCGUGUAUUCUAACAAAACUCUUCUUCCGCGUCUCAUCAUGUAAUGGAACAAAAUAGUAAGCGACAAAAUAAUCUCUCUUCUCUCAUCUGCAUCAAGUGUGUGUUGAUCGAUUCUUGUAUUUUGUGAUUGUACACUCCCAUUUUAAUCUCGUCAUGAAGAGUUAUAAAAAGAAUUUGACAAAAAAUUAGGACACAGAAGAAAUUAAUGUCAAAUUCCACAAAUUAAAAGUGAGACAAAGUUUUUGAGCUAGCGUGUAUGGAAGAUCCCAUUUUGCGUUAAAAUUUUUUUGAAGAGCAUUUUUAUGCUAAAUGAAAAGUCGGGGAAAAAUAAAUUUGUGCUAAUUGAGUGUCUUUCCUUAAAAAAUAAUAAUUUAUUAUGGAAAUCGAGCUACUUAACAUCGCAUGUAAGAAAAAAUGUGAGCUGUUCAAAAUAUUUGAAAUUUACAAUUGGUGGCAUUUUUUGACUGCGUACUUUUAAAACCAAACCUAUAAGUGGCUUUUUCUGUGUACCACAUCAAUUUGUGAUUUUUAAAAAGCGACGUGCUUAAUUGUUGUUGCAUUUUAACUUUGAAUGUGUAUUAAAUUCGCCUGUUGACUAAAUGAAUGAUCCCUCCACUCAAAUUCAUCGUCACAUGUAAUUAAUUAUUGAAUUGACAGUCAGACAAAGUAUUUAUAAACAAUGUUAUAAACGAAAUUAUUAACAUAAAAAGACGUCGUUUUAAAAGGAAACAAAAGGUUGAUUAUUUAAUGUGUCAACAAGUCUAUUGUAUAAUCGAUGAUUAUAUUGAGCUCUUUAAUGUCAAACUUCAUUGUCUGUUUGUA